AAAGAGAGAGAAACUGGGGGAGUUGUUCUUCCAUCAAUGGGGUUUUUCACGGCAGCGGAGAACUGACGGAGGGAAAUCCGCUCAAAAUGUCGAAAACCCAAGAAGUGGAGCGCAUCGCUAAAAAGCUGGAUAAAAUGGUGCACAAGAAGAACACGGACGGAGCUCUCGACCUGCUGACGGAGCUAAAGAACAUCAAGAUGUCUCUGGACACCCUGCAGUCCACUAGAGUUGGGAUGUCUGUGAACGCGGUGAGGAAACACAGUUCAGAUGAAGAAGUUCAGACUCUGGCCAAAGUUCUCAUCAAGUCCUGGAAGAAACUUCUGGACGGUGCCGAGGGGAAGUCGUCGGAGGAGAAGGAGAAGAAGAAGGAAGGCUCUCCCGUGAGGUCGUCGUCCGCCUCCAAGGACUCUGGCAGCGGUGAGAAAAGCAGUAAGGAGUCAGAGGAUUCCCCCACCACCCUAACCUCACCCACCUCACCCACCUCACCCACCUCACCCACUACACCCACUUCACCCACUUCACCCACUUCACCCACUACACUCACUACACCCAUUACACUCACCUCCCCGACUACCCCAAUCCUCCCUGUUCAGGUCACCACCUUCCCCCCCGCCCCCGUCACCACCGACAGUGUGCGCAACAAGUGUCGAGAGCUGCUGGUGGCGGCGCUGCAGACUGAUGAUGACCAUAAGAACAUUGGAGUCGACUGUGAGCACCUUGCAGCACAAAUUGAAGAGGAUAUCUUCCAGGAGUUUAAGUCGACAGAUAUAAAAUAUAAAACUCGUCUACGAAGUCGAAUCUCAAACCUCAAGGACCAGAAGAACCCGGACCUGCGGCGCAACGUCCUGUGUGGAAACAUCUCGGCUCAACGCAUCGCCUCGAUGACAGCUCAGGAGAUGGCGAGUGCAGAGCUGAAGCUGAUGAGAGAGGCUCUGACCAAAGAGUCCAUCAGAGAGCAUCAGCUGUCCAAGGUCGGGGGAACUGAGACGGACAUGUUCAUCUGCGGCAAGUGUCGUGGAAAGAGCUGCUCGUACACACAGGUGCAGAUCCGCAGUGCUGAUGAGCCCAUGACCACCUUUGUGUUGUGUAACAGCUGCGGCAACCGAUGGAAGUUCUGCUGAAGAGGACAUGUGUGUAUAUUAUUCUAUCAUGAAGCGAACUGAAAGUGGAUUUGAUUUCAAUUUGGAUUUAAAAAAUGAAUUUAGUUUUAUUUUGUAUAAUUUCUGGAUUUAAAAAAUGAAUUUAGUUUUAUUUUGUAUAAUUUCUUUAUAUAUAUAUAUGAAAGUAAAAGCUGUAAUAUAUUUAGAGAAGAAUAUGCCAGUUCACGUUGUAUAUAUGGUUGAAUUUGUUUUGUAUGGAGCACGUAUAGAGUUUAUUUCUUUACGCUAGAUGAAGCUUUAAACCAGAUUGAAGUCACAUGUAUGCCUUGUGGACACAGCGGAUGGGACUUUCUUUACCAUGUUGUGCUGCCACAAUAUUUCUCCCUUAACAUUUGUAUUAAAGUUGCUCUUGGAUUAAGACCACAUCA